AUGAAGCGCAGAGAAGUGGAGGAAGAAAUUGGAAUCCUAUUUGAUGAAAAGGAGAGUGUAAUAAACUGUAUCCAGCUGAAAAACUCAGUUAUCAAGGGCAUUAAGAACCAACUGACAAGUCUCUUUCCAGAGAUUAAACCAUGGCUUAACCAAAUUAUUCCAAAGAAAGACCUCAUCAAAAUUGUCCGCUGCCAUGAACAUAUUGAAAUCCUCACUGUAAAUGGAGAAUUACUGUUUUUCAGGCAAAGAGAAGGACCUUUUCUUCCAACACUAAGAUUACUCCAUAAAUAUCCUUUUAUUCUUCCACACCAGCAAGUUGAUAAAGGAGCCAUCAAAUAUGUACUAAGUGGAGCAAACAUUAUGUGUCCAGGCUUAACUUCUCCAGGAGCCAAGCUUUCCCCAGCUGAAGCUGACACUAUUGUUGCCGUAAUGGCAGAAGGAAAACAACAUGCACUCUCUGUUGGUAUCAUGAAGAUGUCUUCAGAAGAAAUCAAGAAAGUCAACAAAGGGAUUGGUAUUGAAAAUGUCCAUUAUUUAAAUGAUGGCCUUUGGCACAUGAAGACAUAUAAGUGAGCUUCCAAAGAAAAGCACUUAGCCUGAACUUGGGCUGUUCGAUCAUUCUGUUUUACCUGUUAAUGAAUUAAAAACUAUUGUUCUCUGUGUUUAAUAAAUUAAGCAGAUGGUAAAAUCCCAUGAGCAUUACUCAUUUUCAUGUGUUCUUUUCAUCUUUUCAUCAGGUUAUUAUUGGUUAAACAUUGAUUUUUUUUCAGUUUAGCUUCCCCCACAAAACAACCCUAAUUUCUUUCUUGAACUCCAGUCCUACAUCUUCACUGGAUAUUUGGUAUCUCAACUCACCAUGAAACUCAUUCUACAUCCCCCCAUAACCCAUCCUUUCUCCUAACUUUGCCAUUUCCUAAACUGAUAAUAACUUUCCCAAAGUGUUGAAGGCACUUCCAUCCUCCCAGGCACUCAGCUUCACAAUCUCAAGGUCUUCCAUGACUCUCCCUCCCUAACACCCUUUAUCCAACCAGCUGGCAAGGCUUCACAA